GUCCAGGGAAGGCCAGCUGAUACUGGCUGGAGGUGAUUCAGUGACUUCCUUGUUGUGAGUCCCGGCCUGGCAGUGUUCGGACUCGUAUUCCUGCUGUCCUUUCUUGGACCGCUAGCCCGAGUAUAGGUCACAGCCACAAUCCCCGUCGGUCACCCUUUCAGUACAGGUCCUCUCCCUGCGCUCCGUGCUGAUAUGCCCAGCCCCAGCACUACCUCCUCUCUCUACUCCCUCCCCGAGGAAAUUAGGAAUCUGUUGGCAGAUGUUGAAACAUUUGUAACAGAUACACUGAAAGGGGAAAAUUUAUCCAAGAAAGCAAAGGAAAAGAGAGACUCCCUUAUUAAGAAGAUAAAAGAUGUAAAGCCUAUGUAUCUUCAGGAAUUUCAAGACAAAGGUGAUGCAGAAGAGGGGGAAGAAUAUGAUGACCCUUUUGCUGGGCCUCCUGAUACAAUUUCCUUAGCCUCAGAACGAUAUGAUAAAGAUGAUGACGCCCCCACUGAUGGGAACCAGUUUCCUCCAAUUGCAGCACAGGACCUUCCUUCUGUUCUAAAGGCUGGCUACCUGGAAAAACGCAGAAAAGAUCACAGCUUUCUGGGAUUUGAAUGGCAGAAACGGUGGUGUGCCCUGAGUAAAACAGUGUUCUAUUACUAUGGCAGUGAUAAAGACAAACAGCAGAAAGGUGGAUUUGCAAUAGAUGGCUAUGAUGUCAGGAUGAAUAACACCCUUAGGAAGGAUGGGAAGAAAGAUUGCUGUUUUGAAAUCUGCGCUCCUGAUAAACGUGUCUAUCAGUUUACAGCCACUUCUCCUAAAGAUGCAGAAGAAUGGGUGCAGCAGCUGAAAUUCGUAUUGCAAGAUAUGGAAUCUGAUACUAUUCCUGAGGAUUAUGAUGAAAGAGGAGAGGUGUAUGAUGACGUUGAUCAUCCUCUACCAAUCAGCAGCCCACCAAUAAGUACUCAUCCAAUAGAAGAGGAAAUAUAUGAGGAACUUCCAGAGGAAGAAGAGGACAAUGUUUCUGUGAAAGUGGAAGAACGAAGGGACCCUGUGCACCAGCUCUCAGGAGAUAAGAGCACAGAUUAUGCUAAUUUUUACCAAGGUUUGUGGGAUUGCACAGGAGCUGUUUCUGAUGAGUUAUCCUUUAAGCGUGGUGAUGUGAUUUACAUUCUCAGCAAGGAAUACAAUAGAUAUGGCUGGUGGGUAGGAGAAAUGAAGGGAGCCAUUGGCUUGGUGCCUAAAGCCUACAUAAUGGAGAUGUAUGAUAUUUGAGAGUACUGGAAAUAGAAGAGUCCUUUGAUUGACUGCAAAUGCUUUUGAUUUAGAAGCCUCGUGAAACCUGAGUGACAGCUUAUAACCUUUCUUUGUUUUGUUGAAUGUCUUCGACUAUUACUUUAUAUAGUCAUUCAUUAAAAUAGUGCUCUGAUGUGAAAUUAAAUGAGGAUAUUAAUAUAAAUUAGAUGCAAGCAGUAAAGUUCUACCUGUUGCUGUUUUGCAAAGAAACUAUCACAGUUUUUAUUUACCCGUUUGAUUGUCUGAAGAAUUCAUUACUAUUUUAUAUGGCCACGUAAUCAUUGCUACUUCUAGUGCAAACUGUAAUUUCACUUAACUGUUGGACAUCAGUAAUUUUUAGAUGUGACAUAUAAUUCCAUAAAAUUUUAAUUGAAAUUGUCAUGGAAGUUUUUGGUAGGAGCUAGAGAAUAUGUUUAUAAUAAAGCUUGAUAGAUCAUUUACUUUAGUAUUUUUCUCAUGGUAGCAAUGUGAGUGAUUCAAGAAAGAACUUUUACAAAUUGGAAAACUUAUUUCCUGUUAAAUGUAACCACAAGAAAGAAAAAAGAAUUACAAGCGGCAGUGUGCUGUCACUUGAAGUAUGAGUGCAAACAACCAUUUUUGUGCACAGCAUUUUACUGAAACAGAUAUUUUGGUUAGAUGAUAGAUUUGUCAAUGCUUUCUUACCAUGGUUCUAUUUAAACUUAACAAAAUGAAAGAUUCAAGAGAAAUCCUCUCCUACCAUUACAGAAUGUUGUAAAGAAUCUCAAAAUAGUCUCAAGAAAAGAAGGUAUAAAUAAGCACUCUUACAAUUAUUGUUAUUAAAGUCCCACUGUAACCGCAGAACUUGAGAUAGGAAUCUCCCUUGCAUUUCUCAGAGCACUCAAAACAAAGGCUUAGAGAGGAAAGGGUAGAAAUCACAGCAGGAACAUGUACCAGCAGGUGAAAACAAGAAGGUAGCAGUGACCUGGCAGCUGAGUUCGAUUCAGUGCUGCUUGAGUAAGAUCUGAAGAAUCCUAUCAUCACCUCUUGCUGGGUGUUGAAGUCACAAGCAUUUUAAAUGCCUACAAACCACUCGUAUUGCCUUAAUAAAUGUCAGAAUCUAAUACUGACUUGUUAUUAGUAAUAGACAAAAUCUACUAAUCCUGAUCAUUACUUAGCAAGUAUUAGCUUUGUUGAACUUUUCACUAUUUGCUUUAUCAAAUUAAAGAUUCUAACCAUACAAAUAAGUUGCAAACCAUUUACAGGCAGUAUUAGGUUGUUUAUUUUACAGUUAUUCCUUAAAUGCCACGAUAAUUUAGUUUCAAAUGUAAAGGAAGCAAGCCUCAUUUUAGGAAUUAUGAGUAAUCUCAAGUUUGUAUGUAUUGACCCAUGAAGUUAAGGGCUUCAGAAAUGACAUGUGUACAGUUGAUACCCUUUCCUGAUACGUUGCCAUUGAAAUGGAAACCAUAUUGGCAAAAGUCAGGUAGCCAGAGAAGAUCUUCAUGGUCUGUUUUUCAAAGUGAGGUGGCGGGGCUGGGGAUUUAGCUCAGCGGCAUAAGCGCUUGCCUUGCAAGCAGGCAGUCGUGAGUUCGAUCCCUGGUACCGAUAAAAAAAAAGGAAAAAGACAAAAAAAAAAAAUGCAAAUCAAAGCGAGGUGGCUGAGAAGCAAAAGCAAUUGUCAUUUGGCGUUGCUGCCUCGCUUGUGCAUACAGAUUUUGUGCCUCCAGUUUAAGUGAGGUUUUCAGUCCCAGGCCAGUAGAUGGCAGCAGCUCGUCAUUGCACACAGCAUCCCUGGCACCCCUCCCCCACCCCAGCUUGCCCCGAGUGACGAGAGUGCGGGAGAUUUCUGCUUUCUUUACAGCUAAUCCAGGAGAGGGAGUCCUUUGCCAACUGAUGACCAGUACUACCAAGCCAGAUAGUCUCUCUCUGGAUGGUGACAGUACAGAAAUACAGUGUUACUUUUGUCCAGAGUGCCUCUGGCCUUUGUUCUUUUUAAACUUGAGUAUUGGUGGAAGAUACAUGAAAGGGAACAAAGAUUUAAAAUUUCAGUGACAGAAAAAAUAAUGGCUUUCUAUUCAUGACUACUUUAUAUUCACUUGAUGAAAUCAUUUGUAUAAUACCAGGGAGAAAGUUUUCUUUACACCCUUGACAAUAUAUUACAUACUCUUCAAGAUCAUAAUAAUACCAUUAAUGUGAAUUUAAACAACAUGGCUUGUUAGAAAAUAUGCUAAUUGUUAUGUUCUCAUUAAGUUUGCUUAGAGCUUUUAUUUGUUUUUCUAUGAACAGUUAGAGAGCUAAUUUUUUCAAAGGUGAUUGUAAGUCAUAUUUUAUAUAGCAUUUUGCUUGAUUAUUUGCUCUGUACCAAAUUUGUACUCUAUUGCCAUUAGAUCUUACAAUAAUGUUCCACUCUGCAAAUUUUUAAGGUUCAAAUAAAGUUUAAUUGUUUGCAAA